AUGCAAUACCGGUACCGGUCAUCGUUGAAUGAAUGGAAAAAAAGAUCUGUCGAUGCGGUUGUUUUAUCAUUUCAUCGUCUUCUGGCUCAUUUUCUAACUGAUAUUCGCCGAAGUUGUGCCGGUCUUGGAAAAUACCAUUUGAAAUCAAUGGCCACCCGUUAUGCAUUAGAUACAGAUGAUAUAGAAGAUGAGCCCAAAAUAUCCAUGAAUGAUAUCGCUAAAGAAUCACAGACUGAUUUAUAUUUAAUCAAUGAUGAUAAUGCUAAUAACAGUAGUAUUUUACCAAAUAAUGAUACAGAUGUAACAAUUGAUACUGAAGCUGCUAGUAAUCUGAUAGAUGAAAACGCUGCAACAUCGCUUCCUUUCCACAGUCCGCCUACUAAAUCAUCAGUUACUAUAGACAGCACAAAGCCAAAUGUUCCACUGAAGUCUACUCGCCGUAUUUUAGCUGAGUAA